AUGAACCAGUUUGGCCCCUCAGCCCUAAUCUCCAAUUUCUCAUCUAUAAAACUGGAACCAGCCAGCACCCCUCCACAAGGCUCCAUGGCCAAUAGCACUACUGUGGUAAAGCUACCAGGCAUUACUCCUGGCACAGGAGGUCGACUCAGUCCUGAAAACCAGGUAUUAACGAAGACGAAAUGGCAAGACUUGGUAAGAGAAGUGGAUCCCAAUGAACAGUUGGAUGAAGAUUUAGAGGAGAUGCUACUACAGAUUGCCGACGAUUUCAUUGAGAACGUGGUGACAGCAGCCUGCCAGUUUGCCAGGCAUCGCAAGUCCAGCACCCUAGAGGUGAAAAAUGUCCAGUUGCACCUAGAGCGCCAGUGGAACAUGUGGAUCCCAGGUUUUGGCUCAGAAGAAAUUCGACCCUACAAAAAAGCUUGCACUACAGAAGCUCACAAACAGAGAAUGACAUUGAUCUGGAAAACAACCAAGAAAUAA